AUGAUAAAACAAAGAAAGAUUAACAAGACAACACCAAUUAAGGAAGAAGUUGAAGAUAUAGUUAAACCAUUGAGUAAUAGAAGAUGGUAUGUUAGAAUAUUGUUAAGAUUGACACUUGUUUGGGUUUCAUUAAUACUUUUAUUUGAAUUCAUAUACCCCAAGUAUACAAUCAGUAAAUGCCACUGGUCAAAUUGGGAAACACGGGAGAAACCAUAUAGAAUUACAUUGUUUGCUGAUCCUCAAAUUAUAGAUAAGUAUACAUAUCCAAAGCGAUUCAAAAUUAUAAAAUAUUUCACAACUAGAAUAUCCGAUCAAUAUCAUUAUAAUAAUUAUAGAAUUGUGAAUAGUAUACUACAAUCAGAUGCUAAUAUUUUCCUUGGUGAUUUGUUCGAUGGUGGAAGGUAUUGGGAUGAUGAAUACUGGUUAGAGGAGUAUCAAAGAUUUAACAAGAUUUUCCCAGCUUAUGAUAAAGUCGAAAUUCGUUCAAUUCCAGGAAAUCACGACAUUGGAUUCCAAAAUAUUUCAAUAGAGGUAGUAGACAGAUUUGCUAAGUAUUUCGGGCAAGCAAAUCUUGACUUUGUAUUAGGAAAUCAUACAAUUAUCUUAUUUGAUUCAAUUUCACUAAGUCAUGAAAAUACAACUGUAAAUAAAGCAGCAAAUGACUAUUUAGACAAAUUUGAUAACUAUUCAAGGCCAAGGAUUUUAUUAAGUCAUGUUCCACUUUAUAGACAUCCAGAUAAGCAAUUAUGUGGUCCAAAAAGAGAAAAAAGUGGACUAUUCCCCUUACAACGUGGUGAUCAAUAUCAAACUGUCAUUGAAUAUCAUCAUGCGCAGAGAAUGUUGAAUAAAUUUAAACCAAGUUUGAUACUAGCUGGUGAUGAUCAUGAUUAUUGUGAUAUUAUUCAAAAAUAUACUGAUGGAUCAGCUAGAGAAAUUGCUGUUAAAUCAUGUGCUAUGACUUCUGGGAUUAAGUAUCCUGCUAUUCAAAUGUUGAGUUUGUUUAAUGAUGGAACUGAUGAAAAUACAUUUGAGACGGAGAUGUGCUAUUUACCUAAGCCACUAGUUAAUUUUUAUGCUUAUGUUUUAUUUUAUUUGGGAUCAUUGAUUUAUUUGAAAAGGUUGGUAUUAGUUUGGAGUAUUUUAAUUCCUUUGGUUAUUUUGCAUUACUUAUAUAUAUAA